ACCCCUACCGUACACUAACAGUACCGGUCCGUGUUUUCUGCGAUAUGACCACAAUGGGCGGGGGGUGGACGGCCAUUCAGAAACGCGUAGACGGAUCAAUGAGUUUUGACAGGAACUGGCUGGAUUAUAAGAAUGGUUUCGGUUUACCAGAACAGAAUGUCUGGAUUGGAAAUGACGUAAUUCAUAAAUUAACAAAAGAAAACUCGUUAUACCUUUAUGUGUCCAUCACUCUCCAGAACGGUACAAAACUGUAUGAAAUGUACGACCGAUUCUCUGUCUCCGACGAAGCAGGAAAAUAUCAACUCUUUCUUGCAGGACCUGCCACGGGGACCUUAGGUAAAUGUAUUUAUGUUACAUGUAAGUUCUUAAAAUUAGGUUCAAAUUACGUAUAUUACUUAUUACGUAUAUCUUAUUAAUUAUUCUUUUCUGUAUUGGCACAUAAUAAUGUUCCUGAAAAAAGAG